AUGGAUAAAUUUCUGAAUGCAGAGGCUGUGUUUAUGUCAGAAGGUGCUUUUGAUCAUUGCCCUGUUGUUCUCUCUGUUUACCCAGUUGUUGCGGAAGGGAAGAAACCUUUUAGGUACUUUAGAAUGUGUCAAAAAGUUCCAGAUUUUAAGAAGAGGUUGGAAAGGAAUUGGCUAGUCAAAGAUGGUGGAGCACCAAUGUUUCAGCUUAUUCAGAAGCUAAAAAGAAUAAAGAAGUUACUAAAGGAGAUUAAUAAGAGUGAGAUUGGGGAUAUUCAAGCAGCACAUGCUCGGAGUUAUCAAGCUCUCAUUGUAUGCCAAGCUGAAUUAACUCAGAACCCCCUUAUCACUAAGGAAAAGGAGGCCAGAACAAAAUACAAUGAAAGAAAUGCAACUUAUCUCUCAUUUCUUCAACAGAAAGCUAAGUUACAUUGGAUGAAGGAUGGCGAUGAUAAUACUUCUUUAUUUCACACUAGUAUUUGGACUAGAAAGGCUAUGAAUAGGAUUUAUUCAAUCAAGGACAUGGAUGGUGUUUGGGUUGAUAAACCAGAUCAAGUGAUUCCAGCAUUUCUGAACUUUUAUUACAGCCUCUUGGGAAGUAAAAUGGAAGGAAGGAAAUCAGUGUUGCCUCAAGUUAUUAAUCAAGGUCCGAGCAUCACAGAAGUUCACACUUGCUUAUUAACAUCAGAGUUUUCUAAUGAAGAAGUGAAAGCAACUGUUUUUGAGAUUCCUAGUAAUAAGUCUCCGGGUCCAGAUGGAUUCAGCAGCUUUUUCUUUCAAGACAACUGGGAGGUGGUUGGCAAUACAGUCUGUGAAGCUGUUAUAUCAUUUCUGCACACAGGAAAAUUACUCAAAGAGAUUAAUUCUACAACUCUAACUCUGAUUCCCAAAGCUAAAAGAGGUCUAAGGCAGGGGGAUCCAUUAUCUCCAUUACUAGGACUGAAACUAUUUUCCCAAACAUCUGGUCUGCAACGAAGUGAAACAAAAUCAGCUUUAUAUUGUAGUAAUAUGGAUGACUUCGAAGUGGAAAGAGUAAUUAAUUAUGCUGGCUUUACAAGGCAGCAUUUACCAUUUCGAUAUCUGGGGAUCCCUAUUUGUGCAAAGCGAAUCUCAACAACUGAGUGUGAAAUUCUGGUGGAGAAAAUGGUCCAACGGAUUAAAGUAUGGAGCACUAGGAAUCUUUCCUAUGCGGGCAAAGCAACGUUGGUGAAUUCAGUGUUGCCGGAAAUUCAUACUUAUUGGGCUCAGAUAAUGAUACUCCCUACAAAGGUUCUGCAACAAGUAAAUACAAUUUGCAGGAACUUUUUAUGGAAAGGCCUGGCUGAGUCUAGUAGUUCAGGGCAGUGGCUUCGAAAAAAAGAUUCUUUAUGGGUAAGAUGGAAACAUGUUGUGUAUAUUGGGGAUGAAGAUUGGUGGGUCUACAAAGCUCCGAGUGUCAGCAGUUGGUAUUGGAAGCAGAUUGUCAAAGUUAAGGAGAAAUACAAGGACCUUAAUCUGACUCAUCUUUGCUCUAAUGGGAUUUAUAAGAUUGCUGAGGGAUACAAAGCUCUUGCUAUAUCACACCGAAAGGUUCCCUGGUAUAGGGAAGUCUGGAAUAGAACUACUAUACCAAAGCAUAGAUUCAUUCUAUGGCUUGCGGUUCUGGACAGGUUACAAUUGAAGGACAGAUUGUUCAGAUUCAAUAUAUCUAUUGAUGAUCAAUGUCUUAUGUGUGGUAGUAGCAAGGAAUCAAGAGACCAUGUAUUCUUUGAUUGUUAUUUGAGUUCUACUUGCUUGAGGCAUAUUAAGAGCUGGUUGGAUUGGAAAUCGGCAGCUAACAUUAUACAUACACUGCUAAGAUGGAUAGCCAAGUCACGACUAAGCUGGUUUAGGAAGCAAGUCUUUACGGUGGCACUGGCAGCUUUGAUAUACAAGCUUUGGUGGUGCAGUGUAAUGCCCCAAAUUUCCUAA